AUGUUUUCCAGACUUAAAUUCAACAACACCAUGAGGUGGUAUAGGUUCUAUAGUACGUUGGAUUCACAUUCCGUAAAAUUUCAGAGCGGCUCGAAGUUUGUAAAAAUAAAGCCAGUGAGUAACUUAAGGAGUAGCUCAUCAGCAGACUUCGUGUCCCCACCAAAUUCCAAAUUACAAUCUCUAAUUUGGCAUAACCCUUUACAAAAUGUUUAUAUAACUAAAAAACCAUGGACUCCGUCCACAAGAGAAGCGAUGGUUGAAUUUAUUACACAUUUGCACGAGUCAUACCCCGAGGUGAACGUUAUUGUUCAACCAGAUGUUGCAGAAGAAAUUUCUCAGGAUUUCAAAUCUCCCUUAGAGAAUGAUCCCAACCGACCUCAUAUACUUUAUACUGGCCCUGAACAAGAUAUUGUAAACAGAACAGACUUAUUAGUGACAUUGGGAGGCGAUGGGACUAUUUUACACGGCGUAUCAAUGUUUGGAAACACACAAGUUCCUCCAGUUUUAGCAUUUGCUCUUGGAACACUGGGGUUUCUAUUGCCGUUUGAUUUCAAGGAGCAUAAAAAGGUCUUCCAGGAAGUAAUCAGCUCGAGAGCUAAAUGUUUGCAUAGAACACGGUUAGAAUGCCACUUGAAGAAGAAGGAUAGCAACUCCUCUAUCGUGUCCCAUGCUAUGAAUGACAUAUUUUUACAUAGAGGUAAUUCCCCUCACCUCACUAAUCUGGACAUUUUUAUUGAUGGCGAGUUUUUGACAAGAACGACAGCAGAUGGUGUUGCAUUAGCCACUCCAACGGGUUCUACAGCAUAUUCAUUAUCGGCGGGUGGAUCUAUUGUCUCUCCAUUGGUGCCUGCUAUCUUGAUGACACCAAUUUGUCCUCGCUCCUUGUCAUUCCGACCACUGAUUCUGCCUCAUUCAUCCCACAUUAGAAUAAAGAUAGGUUCCAAAUUAAAUCAAAAGCCAAUCAAUAGUGUGGUAAAACUAUCUGUUGAUGGUAUUCCCCAACAAGAUUUAGAUGUUGGUGAUGAAAUCCAUGUUAUAAAUGAAGUCGGCACUAUAUACAUAGAUGGUACUCAGCUUCCGACGACAAGGAAAACCCAAACUGACUUUAACAAUUUGAAAAAACCUAAAAGGUCAGGAAUUUAUUGCGUGGCUAAGACCGAAAACGACUGGAUCAGAGGCAUCAAUGAACUUCUAGGGUUCAAUUCUAGCUUUAGGCUAACCAAAAGGCAGAGUGACAAUGAUUAG